AUGGCUGCUCCCAACAAUGGGCUCACGCCCCAAGUGCAAUUGCAACAGAUGAUUCAACAGUAUCAGCUAAUGUCAACCAGCAUUGCCAAUAUCCGUCAAGCGUUAGAACGCCCUGAUCUCACACCAGAAAACAGACAACAGCUACAAGCACAAGAACUCCAAAUGCAGAACCGAUUGCAGAUCUAUCAGAACCUCUUUAACAAUAUCACGCCACGAUUGACUCAAGCACAGCAAGCAUCACUCUCCCAUCAGCUUUCUGCUAUGGGGCAGCAGCAGCAGCAACAGCAACAGCAACAACAGCAGCAGCAGCAGCAACAGCAGCAGCAACCUCCUCAUAACGUGUCGAUGCCUGAUAAUGCUGCUUUCUUAGCACAACAGCAGCAACAAGUACAUGCACAACAACCAGCAUCAUCCACACCUCAACCUCAACAUCAACAACCUACACCCAUCAUGACCAAUACAAGCGUAGCAUCACCGACAACACCUACGACGGCUGUAUCACAACAACAAAGAAUAAGCGGUGCAGCUGUACCAGCAGCAGUGGCAGUAAAUAAUACGAAUGGUUCUACAUCCGCAUCAUCCAAGCAAGGCACGCCUGUUGUAACACCUACCAAAGGCAUGUUCACAUUCCCCACCAUGUCAGGUCCACCUUUAUCAUCUGCCAACAGCAUGGCGGCAGCUGCAGCAGCAAAACCACCACCGAGUGAUGAAAACAACACAUCCAAGGUCCUUGGUAAACGUCAAAUUCAGGAACUGGCUGGCCAAAUUGAUCCUGCUGAACGACUUGAACCUGAAGUGGAAAAUAUCUUGUUGGAUAUUGCAGAUGAGUUUAUUGAAUCCGUCACCAAAUUCGCAUGUCGAUUAGCCAAGCAUCGAAAAUCGGAUACACUUGAAGUCAAGGAUUUACAAUUACAUUUGGAACGCAAUUGGAAUGUACGUAUACCCGGCUUUGCCUCUGAAGAAAUUCGGUCGCUAAGGAAACCUGUCAUCCCAACGACCCAUCAAGCCAAAGUACAAGCCGUCAAUCUUGCAAGGACUGCAGCUGCUCAACAAUCCGCCACCAAAAAAGAUAAUUAA